AUGCUCAAGUUGCGAGUUUGCUGGUGCAGGACCAUUCUCCUGUUGAUCUAUUGCGUUCUUGGAAAGAUGAAAUACACUUCCAGUCCAGAUAAGCUCUGUAAUCAAGUAAAGGUCCCUAAUACCAACGUGAUGUGGUUCGUUGAAAGAUGGAACACUUCUGGUUCAUGUAAGUUCUGCAUCAAUGAAGCAAUUGCUUCCGGUGAUUUUACAUCGAUGAACCGACCACCUUCUCAUAUACAUCAACUGAAAGAGAAUCGAUGGAUGUUCAUAUUGAAAAUCGGAAUCAGGAUAAUGAAGAUCAAAAUCCCGAAAAGGAUCUGGGUAAUGUCAAUGAUCCCAAGAAUCUGGUGAACGCAGUUGUAAAGAAAAAAAGAAAAUGUAAAAUAUGCUUUCGACUUGGUCAUGAUAGCAGGAACUGUC